AUGGAAGAACCAGUGGAGUCCCUCCAACACGUGAGGACAUGCACCGAUUUGCAGCGCCUGUUGGCUUUCGACCCAAUCCACGGGGCCCUCGACUCCAUUAUCUCACGACUGAAACACAAAAACCUCUACAAGAAAAGCCAGCUGCGCUAUUGGGGGCCACCGAUGAGUCUAUUUGAGGAUGUCCCGAAAAAUUUGAAAAUCAACAAGAGACAGUUGAUGGGGAUAUGUCGUUUGCCAUUUAAGUCCAAGGAUGGGGAGUGUGGUGUUGCUAAACCGUUUGCUACUUCUGAAGUUGCUCAGAAGGUUUCUCCACGAGUCGUUCGACAAUUUAAGACCACCAAAAGAGAAGUUUCUGAGCUCGAGAACCAGAUUUCUCAUCUCGAGAAUGACCUCAAGCUCUUGAAGGAUCAACUUCGCUCGACCGAGGAACUAAAGGAGCAAGCUGAUAAAGACUCCGAGCAAUCCAGACAACAGCUAUCGGCACUCCAGGAACAGCCCAGCUCACUGGCAGCAAGGCUUCCGAAACUCGAGCCACUCACUCGCGCAAGAAAUGCUAACCCAGCUCGAGGCCACGAAAAAGACGGUGGACACAGCUCCGAGCCACCGAGGCCCACGACGCAUUGGCUUGUUGAGGACAUGGCGAUGAGUUUUGUGAAUGCAGGGGUGAUGUUGUCAAGGGGUUUGGAGGUGGCUGUUGGUGCCAACUGA